AUCAACUGCAUAGCAAAACAUCAUUCUUCUCUUACAUUCUAAUAUCUCUCUCUCUUAUCAACUAAAAAGAAAAGAUGGAUCUCUGGGUUCGUGUUUUGAUCGUGGUAGCAUGCAUGUAUCCUUUUAUGGUUGAAGGCGCUGUUCGCCGCUACCAGUUCAAUGUGAUGAUGAAGAACACAUCUCGCCUAUGUUCUUCCAAAUCCAUCGUCACUGUUAAUGGAAAAUUUCCCGGCCCGACACUCUACGCUAGGGAAGACGACACCGUGCUCGUCCGAGUCAUUAACCGAGUCCAGUACAACGUUUCCAUCCAUUGGCACGGAAUUAGGCAACUCCGAACGGGCUGGGCUGAUGGGCCCGCGUACAUCACACAAUGCCCGAUCCAGCCCGGUCACAGCUAUGUGUACAACUUCACUGUGACUGGGCAGCGAGGCACACUUUUGUGGCACGCCCACAUUCUAUGGUUGAGGUCCACCGUUCAUGGCGCCAUCGUCAUCUUGCCUAAACGAGGGGUCCCUUACCCAUUCCCUAAGCCCGACCACGAACAUGUCGUCGUCUUGGCGGAAUGGUGGAAAUCCGACACUGAAGCCGUCAUCAACGAGGCCAUAAAAUCAGGCCUGGCCCCUAAUGUCUCGGAUGCUCACACUAUCAACGGCCAUCCUGGCCCGGUCUCAAACUGCCCUGCAACAGGUGGUUUCUCACUAAAUGUAUCACCCGGAAAAACCUACAUGCUUCGCCUAAUCAACGCUGCACUCAACGAAGAGCUCUUCUUCAAAAUCGCCGGCCACAAACUAACGGUGGUCGAAGUGGACGCCACCUACGUAAAACCCUUCAAAACAGAGACUGUCCUUAUCGCCCCCGGGCAGACAACCAACGUGAUCGUCUCAGCUGAUCAAGGGGCCGGAAAGUACCUGGUAGCGGCGUCCCCCUUCAUGGACACCCUCAUCGUGGCAGUGGACAACAUGACGGCCACCGCCACGCUCCACUACUCCGGCACCCUAGCCUCUUCCCCCACCACCUUCACCACCCUGCCAGCACGGAACGCCACCCCUGUUGCCAACAGCUUCUCCAACUCCCUCCGGAGCCUGAACUCAAAGCAAUUCCCAGCCAAUGUUCCACAAAAGGUGGACCACUCCCUGCUCUUCGCAGUGGGGCUCGGGCUCAACCCGUGCCCGACCUGCAAAGCAGGGAACGGCAGCAGAGUAGUGGCGAGCGUGAACAAUGUCACGUUCGUGAUGCCCACGACCGCUCUGCUGCAGGCGCAUGUCUUCAACAUCAAGGGUGUCUUCACCGCCGACUUCCCGGGAAACCCGCCAACACCUUACAACUACACUGGCGCUCCGCCGGCGAAUAUGGCCACAACCAGUGGCACAAAGGUGUAUCGGCUCGCGUACAACUCCACCGUUGAAGUUGUUUUGCAGGACACGGGCAUCAUUGCCCCUGAAAACCACCCCAUUCAUCUGCACGGAUUCAAUUUCUUCGUGGUAGGGAAGGGAUUGGGCAAUUUCAAUGCCAAAACAGAUCCGCAGAAAUUCAAUCUGGUUGAUCCUGUGGAGAGGAACACAAUUGGAGUUCCAUCUGGUGGAUGGGUAGCUAUUAGAUUUCGAGCAGAUAAUCCCGGGGUAUGGUUUAUGCAUUGCCAUUUGGAGGUGCACACCACAUGGGGCCUAAAAAUGGCAUUUUUAGUGGACAAUGGAAAGACUCCAAAUCACUCCAUUUUGCCGCCACCUAAAGAUUUGCCCAAAUGUUAAAUACUAUUAAAGCUCGAGGACUGAGUGAUUAAUAUAGUAACAGAGUGUGUUAUUGAGAGUCAAGCUCGUCUAUUUGUUACUUGAGUCAAUUUCUUUUGCUCAAGUUGAAAUUAAUAAGAAUAGUGGUUGUCAUUA